AUGAAUCAAUUUGAAAAAUACUUUAACAAUUUAUCAAUAAAUGAUAAAACCUCUUUAAACAAUGUAAAAAUUUGUAAGGGAGUAUGCUAUAAAGGAAAUUAUGAACUAUUGAGUAAACAAGAGACAGUUUGUAAAUGUCAUCCUCCAUCUUUGGCUUCAGCAGUUCUAGGAUUAAAUAACACUGAUAUACCUAUACCAGAUCAUUUAGAAUUUUUUAAUGCUUGGACAGAUAUAGAUGCUCAGGAGGCAUACUUAAAAACAAAACCUACAUCUUAUUUAAUAAUUGGAAAACCUGGAACUGGUGCAUAUACAUUGGGAGAAGCUCUUUCCAAAAAGAUUAAUGUUUUACAUAUUUGUCCAAAAAAUGUGUUAAGUGAUGAAAUUGAUCAAAAGAGUCCUACAGGGCGAUGCCUUGAUUAUAAUAUGCGCCACAAUAAAGCUUGUCAAAUUGAUAUUGUACUGAAAAUUAUGAAAAGAAAAUUGGAAUCACCAGCUGUGAAACACAGAGGUUUUGUAAUUUCAGGUAUACCAUUAAUAUCGUUUGAAACAAAAAUGCAAUGCUAUAUUAGCAACAUGUAUGCAGAAGAAUCACUGGAAAUUGUAGAUGCAAUACUUUUUGACUUAAUAUGUAAUUUAAAAAGGAAGAAAGGAAAAGCUCAUAUGGGAUCUGCACGCUCAUCAGUCAGUAGUAAUCUAGAUCUGGCUGAAGAAAAUGAACCUGAGGAAGAACAAGAAGUAGAAGCCGAACAAGAAGAAGCUGAAGAACGGGUCGAGUUACCUAAACAGAUAUUAGAUACUUGUAGUGACAUCAUUGUCUAUAAAAAGGCUUAUUUCAAAAUUAUGAGAGCUUUGGUGAUACAACAGAUAGAAGAAUUAUUUAAUUAUAAACCGGACAUAUUAAUUUACAUAACAUGUCCAAAUAGUGAUAUUGUUACGAAAAGAAACAGAAAGUACUUUAAUUAUACAACAAGCUCUAAUAAUUUCUAUCCAUUUCCUACACAAUCUGAUGAUGAAAUAAAAUGGCCACCAAAAUAUACCAUGAAGGAUUACAAUCCACCAUUUGACAGUCACAUCUUUAAUCCUAAAUAUAACUGUAGACAUCCAAGAAAUUUCCCAUUUAAUGCUAAAGCAGAAGUUUGCAACUAUAAACAACAUGCAUAUAGCUUAUUAGAGGAUAAAUUAAAGGGAUAUGAGCCAAGAUUUGUUUUAAAAAUGGAUGGCCGAACAUCAAUUCAUCACAUGAUGAAUUUUAUUACAGAAUGGUUUACUCUAUUACCAAUUAAGCCAAUUUUAUUUCCUGAGCCUUUGUACUUAGAUGAGCCUCCGGAAGACAUGGAUGAGUUUUGGAAGACAGUGGAAGAAUUAAAUGUGGUUAGAAGCCAAAAUGUUAAUUUUAACCGAUACUCAUCACCUUGGCAUAACAGGUGCCCUGUGGAAUUGAAAAAUAGGCGAUCUAUACAAGGAAAUCCUAAAUAUGCAGUAUCAUUUUUCAAACAUAUCUACUUAUUAUCAUCACUUAACAAUAUGAUUACAUUUUGUAGAAAUCCUAGGCCAUUUCUUAAAUUAAAAUACUUGGAGCCAACAUGCAGAGUCAUUGUUAUUGGAACAAAAUGCUCAGGAAAAACAUUGAUUUCAAAAUGUUUGUCUUGGCUAUUUGAUGCAACAAUAAUUGAUUAUAACGACUUUUUAAGUACUGAAAAACAUAAAAAACAUGAUACCUAUUCAAAAAAUAUCCUAUCUGAAAUUAUACCUACCAUUGAAGACAAUCGAUUCAUAAAAUGGGAGAGUAAAGAAAUACAGAGAAUAUCAGAUUUAAAUAUGUGGUUUAAUACCAAUCAUAAUAUUCUUAAUAGGUAUAUCCUUCUUUGUCGUGAUAUUGCGAAGAAAAGUGCAAUGGGAGAUGAACUAAUAUCUGCAAGUAUUUCUUCUGGCUCAUUGUUUGGUAAAAUGAACAUUUUAAAAAACAAGUUAUCUUUCUUUCCUUUCUUAGAUGACAUUGAAUUAUGUCAAAGUAUAGCACAAGGUGAAAACCUUCUGCAAUACGCUCCACAGGAAUUAUUAAAGGAAACUGAAAAGCCAAAGCUUCCAGUUCUUGGCGAUGUAGAUGUUACAGAAGCAAUAACUGACUAUAUAAAAACGAAUGAUUUAGAAAAAGAAAUUGAACCAACUUGCGAGGAUUUAAUGAAAGAACUUGUCAACCAAUUACAAGUUCUUGAUAAUGAAGCCUUAUCUCAAAUUGUUGAACCAGUGUAUGGUAAAUUUAUAAUUGAUGGAUUUCCAUCUGAAAUAGAAUAUUGGGAAUACUUAAAUGAAGCUAAAAUGUUGCCAGAUUAUACUGUAGCCUUAGUAGAAAAUAAAGAAAUUGAUGACGACCUUGUACAAAAAUAUUUAAAUAUACAACAGAGUAUUAAAAACUACCCAGAACGAUAUCUUAGUUGUAGUGAUGCUUUCAUUAAAACAAAACUUCUUAAAGGCGUUCCUUUAAAUUCAACCUAUUUAACUAUAAAAACUGUUGUAGAUGAAUUUGUUCAAAACUUACUAAGCAUUAUGUUUCCUAAAGAAAUAGAGGGUGGAAGCGAAAUUCCAGAAUUUCAUGUAUCUCUUAGUGAAGGUAUAGAAAAGUUUCGUGAAAAUUGGGAACCAAUAAAAAUGAAAUUGGAUGACCAGUCGAAGUGGUACGGUGAAGUAGAACUAGAAGAGAAAUCGGAUAUUGACGUUAUUGAUGAAGUUUUGUUAAAACUACGAAAAGCAUAUUGCAACCCUUGUAUAAUUGACGAAGAUAAAGAGAUACAGGACAAUGACAAUGAUGAAGCAACAUUAGAUAUGUUAACUUAUAACGAUGAUCGAAAUCUAUCAGAUACUCAUAUAUACUGCCCGAUCGCGUUAUACGAUUAUAAUGUUUUGUGGGAAGGUAAGCCAGAAAUCAGUGCGCGGUACAACAACAAGAUUAUUAUGUUUUCGAAUGAAGAAAGUUUAAAUUUAUUUCAAAGUGAUAGCACACGAUAUCAGUCACUCGUUAAACCCUUUAAGAAAAUGCCUUGUCUCAGAAUAUGUAUUACUGGAAAUAUUGGCAGCGGAAAAACUACUUUAUCGAAACGCCUCGCAAAAGAAUUAGGCUUACUUUAUGUAAAUUAUGAUGACUUUAUUAAUAAUAACAUACUUCCAAAACAUUUUAAAAAGAUUGGUUGGCAGUACGAAAAUAGUUUUCAAGAUAAAUUAACAGAAGAAGAGAAUAUUGUCGAAUUUCAAUUAGACGAGGAAAACGCGAACCUCGUGUCUGAUUUACUUUUUAAUGAAACAGAAAUGAAGAGAAUUAUUUCUAAUUAUUUUGAGCAGGGUAUUGCAAUGCCAUCCAUUCUGACACAAAAAAUCACAAAAAUGUUGUGGUUUGAAGAACCAUAUAAAUCGACUGGUAUAAUACUCGACGGGUUUCCCAAAUUGCCCAAUGACGUCGAAGAUAUGAUCUUGUCUCAUUGUAUUCCCAACAUUGUCAUAGAACUAGAAGGUAGCUCGGAAAAGGCGGUAGAAAGAAUGGCACCUGUAAUGUUUAAAAUUUGGAAAAAUCAGUGUAAAGAAGCAAAACUUCAAGCGCAAGCUCGCUUAGAAAGCGACAGACAAAUUUGGUUUGAUUUUAUUACACAAAACAUUGUGGUUAAGCUUAUAGUUGAGGAAAUUAUUGAUUCGAUUCACACAAAUAACGAACCAUUACAAGAUCUGUCUAUGCAAAGUACAAUUUUUGAUGCUCAUCCUUUAGGAUCUUCAAAUGUUGAUGCUCGUUUAUUUAACAUGUAUAAUGAAAUGAUUCAAAAUUAUCCAGCGCCUGUGGACCAAAGUGAGUGGGAAAAACCGGACGACGUUUUAGAGAGAAUUAAUGUAAGAAUAGAAGGUAUUUAUGAAGUAUCCGAAGAAAAUAUUCUGACGUUGAAAGAUAUUUUGGCAGAACAGAGAGUGAAAGUUGUAACAAUUAACUGUUUAAAAUCCCCAGAAAAAAUUUUUCGUAACGCUUUGGAUAAAGUGACAUAUCUUCGAAAUAGAAAUGAAUCGUUUUUAGAACAAACUUUUAUCAUAAAUUCUGAUAUAGCUGAAAUGCUUAUAUAUGAAGGGUUUUUCUUUUUGAGUAAAUUUAACAGAAUGUGUCCAGUCUACUUUCACGAGAAUCCGUUAACACUAUAUAAUCCCUACUACAUAAAUAAGCGUAGAGGAAAGAUAUUUCCAGUAAUUCAUCGUGCCUACAUAUACUUUAUAUCGUCUGAAGACUACGUGAAAAAAUUUAGAUCAAGUCCUUUAAAAUACAUCAAGAAUAGACAGAUCGAAUCAUAUAUACAAUUCCCUCUUAGAAUUGGUAUUAUAGGACCUCCAAAGUCAGGUAAAUCGACUCUAGCCUCAAAGCUGGCAAAGCGAUUCGGUCUAUUUUGUAUUAGCAGAGGAGAUUGUAUAAGGCACCUUAUAGAAAAUAUGCGAUGGACGGAGCUAAGUUCUAAUAUGAUAACUUCCCUACAGAAUGGGAGUGCAAUGAGUACUGAACAUAUAAUUAAAUGCAUUCAGACGGCUAUAAUAGACCACAGGUCUAUAACAAACGGAUUCAUAUUUGAUGGUUUUCCCGAGACUUCACUUGAAGCUACCGAGUUGUUAAAACAUGGUCUUUAUCCGACAAUCAUUUUAGACCUAAAAACCUGUUUGCAGAAUGUUUUGAAGAGGUCCCAAAAAGAAAUAUAUCCAGAUAUUUUGAAGAUAAAGCCGCCAUAUUCUACAGCUUUCUUAGAAUACAGAUAUCACCAAUGGGAAAGUAACUGUGGAUCCAUACGUAAAUGGAUACAUGAUGAUAUUCAAAACCUCUAUGAAGUGUUUGGCGAUGGAACAUCGUGGCAAUGUUACCACACUGCUUGUAAUAUCAUUGAUAAUAUUUCGACAGAGAUUCAUUAUUAUCUAUCGAAUUAUGAAUCCAAAGUAGUGAAAGCAAAUGUUAUGUGCAUACCGAACGAACUGUUCAAUACAAAGAUGUCGGAUUUCAGGAAUUUCUGUCCCAUGUGUUACAUCAAAAAUAUAUUUCGGAAUAAUAUUUACCCAGUAGAUAAAUCAGGCAUUGUACAAUUUAGAGACCAUUUCUAUUGGCUGUGUCCAGCUCAUAUAGCCGGUAUGCACAAUUUACCAACCAUUGUGUUGUCUCAAAAGAAUACAAUCACGAUUCCAGAAAUUCCAGCUGUCGUAAAAUCAAUCGAUCCGUCCCUCGUUUACGAAAAUGGAGUGUGUAUAGUAACAUACGCAGAAAACCUUCCGGCACAGAAAGUUUUGAAGGGCAGCAAUAAAUACGCAGCUAUUUAUCGAGGACAUUAUUAUUUAUUUUGUAGCUCGGAGUGCUUAACUACUUUUCUGGUUAGACCACACAUGUACUUUGAUAUCCACAUCUUUAAAGAUGCCGGUAGCCUUCCUCAAAUAUCCUUAAGUACUUUACCAAAUCUCGGUUAUCUAGAGCAGACGCUGGCGAAUAUAAUUACAUCGGCUUGUUGCACUGUUAAUGUAUUAAGACCAAAAUAUUUGGGAUUAGAUGUCGCGGUCUCGGGCAGUAUAUACAUAGCUCUAUAUUUGAAAACCCACAACUCAAGAACCGAUCUAGAACAGCGAAAGAUGUACUUAAAAGCUAUCAAAGUUUAUGAAGCAAGAUCACGUCGAGUACCGGUCCCCGACGAGCGAUAUGACUUUCUAUGCCAGUACCAUAAACCGGCCAGUAAAGUUCCCGCCUUUUUGAAUGUUGUGGACAUUGCUGGAUUGGUACGUGGUGCUGCUGAGGGUCAAGGUCUAGGAAACGCUUUCUUAUCUCAUAUAAAAGCGUGCGAUGCUAUUUUUAAUCUGUGCCGUGCAUUCGAUGAUGAAGACGUGAUCCAUGUUGACGGCGAUGUUAAUCCAAUACGGGAUCUGGAAACGAUUGGCGAAGAGUUACGCUUGAAGGACGAGGAACAACUUAUGCAGAACAUCGAGAAGCUAGAUCGAGUUGUCAAUCGGGGCAAUGACAAAAAACUGAAACCUGAAUAUGACUCGCUGAUGAAGAUUAAGACUGUUCUCGUUGAUGAGAAGAAGCAUAUUCGUUUUGGUGAUUGGAGUGCAUUUGAUAUUGAAAUUUUAAAUAAGUACCUUUUCCUUACAUCGAAACCAGCCUUAUAUCUCGUUAAUCUGUCCGAAAAAGAUUAUAUUAGGAAAAAGAAUAAAUGGUUACCGAAGUUAAAAGAGUGGAUCGAUAAGAACGAUCCAGGUGCACCAUUAAUUCCUUUUUCUGGUGUACUGGAAAGUAAACUGCUUGACAUGGACCCAGAAGAGAGGCAGGCAUUCUUGAAGGAACAAAACGUCACCAGUGGUCUAGACAAAAUCAUUGUGCAAGGAUAUAAGGCACUGCAGCUUGAAUAUUUCUUUACGGCUGGAGCGGAUGAAGUUAAAGCUUGGACCAUACAGAAAGGCACCAAAGCUCCCCAAGCGGCUGGCAGGAUCCACACUGACUUCGAGAAAGGUUUUAUCAUGGCUGAAGUGAUGCAUUUUAAGGAUUUCAAAGAAGAAGGCUCCGAAGCUGCUUGCAAAUCUGCCGGAAAGUACCGUCAGCAAGGCCGUAAUUACGUAGUUGAAGAUGGAGACAUAAUAUUCUUCAAGUUCAACGCGGGAGCCGGUUUGAAGGACGCGAAGAAGAAAUGA